ACCACGAGCCUUAUCUUUCAACCAGUUGUUUAAAACUCACUAAUUUUGCACAAUCGAUAGCUCUUGUUCGAUCUACUCCUCAAAUUCCUCAACAAGCUUCCAGGUUCUGGCGGUAUACGUGAUCAAACACAUUCCCGGUGUUUUCCAUCUCAAAGGUUAGAAGGAACUUAUCGGUUUGCCUCUUCUCAUGCUGUCGCUUAUUUGAAUUAGUGAAAUGGAAAGGGGUAGAGGAUUCGAUGACUUUGAUCCGGAACCGCUUCCUCCAGAAAGACCCGUGGACAGAUAUGGUUUUAUAAAGCAGAGUGUUAAUAGCACUGGCACUAAAGAAGGUUUACCAAGGAGUAGGGAAGCUAGAAGAGUAAGAAAGUGGAGGAAAAUGAUUGGGGUUGGUGGGAGUGAUUGGAAACAUUAUGUAAGGAGAAAGCCACAUGUUGUUAAAAGACGAAUAAGGAAAGGUAUUCCUGAUUGUUUAAGGGGUCUUGUUUGGCAGUUGAUCUCUGGAAGCCGAGACCUUUUGCUGAUGAACCCAGGGGUUUAUGAGCAACUUGUAAUUUAUGAGACAUCUGCUUCAGAACUAGAUAUAAUUCGGGAUAUAUCUCGCACCUUCCCCACACAUGUUUUCUUUCAGCAGAGACAUGGACCUGGCCAGAGGUCCCUUUACAAUGUUUUGAAGGCAUACUCUGUCUUCGAUAGAGCUGUCGGAUAUGUCCAGGGAAUGGGUUUUUUAGCAGGUCUUUUGCUUCUUUACAUGAGCGAAGAGGAUGCGUUUUGGUUACUGGUUGCCUUACUAAAAGGAGCUGUUCAUGCUCCUAUGGAAGGCUUAUAUCAGGUUGGGCUGCCUCUUGUACAGCAAUACUUGUUUCAGUUUGAGCACUUGGUGAGGGAGCACAUGCCAAAGCUGGGUGAACAUUUUAGCCGGGAGAUGAUAAAUCCGAGCAUGUAUGCUAGCCAGUGGUUCAUAACCGUUUUCUCGUACUCUUUCCCGUUCCCUUUGGCUCUUCGAAUUUGGGAUGUAUUUCUAUUUGAGGGCAUUAAGAUUGUCUUUAAAGUCGGAUUGGCCCUUUUGAAAUACUGCCAUGACGAUUUGAUACAUUUAUCCUUUGAGAAACUCGUUCAUGGUUUGCGUAACUUCCCGGAGGAUGCAAUGAACCCAGAUAUAUUACUGCCGAUGGCUUAUUCGAUCAAGGUAUCCCGGAGCUUAUCAGAAUCGAAAAUCGAGUACGAGAAGAAACACGGAAAGGCGAAGACGAGAAUCGAAGCAUAAUCGACAGUCUACCUGUUCAUUCUUAUUCUCACUGUUUUGCUAAAGAAGCUCAAGGCAAAUUUCAUUUCUAGCUCCUCUCCCAUGGUGUAGCAAAUUAUCCUCAAUGUACUUCUUUUCUAGUCCUUUUUAACUUUAUUUUCAUGAGAUUAUAUGCAUCAAAUUCUCAACAAAUCCAUAUUAUGUGACCCUUUUUCUUGUUUUAAGAUUAAAUAAUAAAACCUUUUUAAAUGGUUUUUUUCCU